GAACACACUGCGCUCCUCUGAACGCCUCCUCACAGCACCGGAGGGACCGAGCACCGGGAGGGGAGAGAAGAAGGAAAGAGUCCGGUUUGGAGGAUAUUUAAUCAGUUUUACGGACUUUUAUUUUGCUCUUUUUUGGAGUUGCUGGGGGUUUUUUUUGUCGCGCGCCGUGUUUUCCGUCCCGCGUCCCGUGAGUCUCAAUGGUUUCAAACUGUGCGCGUCACGUUUGUGGAGCGUUCAGCUGGGAUGUAGCGGAGCGCAAACCCACCUAACGCCGCUCUCAAGUCCCCCCCCUCUGCAGGAAUAUCCACCCGAGGACACUCCGAGCGGCAGUUUUUGGUUUCUGGAAGCUUCUCUGAGAGUCUGCAGAACUGUCUGACUUUGAUGGUGGGUUCCUUUAUGAUGACCCCCCUCCGGAGGUCAAAGUGACCCCUCUGAUUUCUCGCCGCCCCGCACCCCAAUGAUGACUAUGAGCUCCAUCUCGGACACUUUAGUCCCGCCUGAUCCCUCCAAAUCAGCGUUUUUGGAGUUCGGCGGCCACGGGUACCCCGGACACCAGCAGCCCUCCCCCGGCCUCUCACACAACCAUUACCCGGUGCACGGGCUGCACGCCGUGGGGCCCUCGCAGCACGACGGGCCCUUCUCCUCCGGUGCCUCCUCGUAUGGUCGCCCGCUGGGGUACCCGCCCUACCACAGCCCCGUGAGCGCGCACCACCCCGGGGCUUACCUGCCCUAUCAGCACGGGGGUCACGGCGGCGCGCUCGGACACACCAGGCCCGAGGAUGCGGACCACGAGAAGCCCACGGCGGUGAUCGAGAACGGCGAGGUGCGGCUGAACGGGAAGGGGAAGAAGAUCAGGAAGCCUCGGACCAUUUACUCCAGCCUGCAGCUCCAGGCCCUCAACCAGCGCUUCCAGCAGACCCAGUACCUCGCCCUGCCCGAGAGGGCCGACCUGGCCGCCAAACUGGGCCUGACGCAGACGCAGGUUAAAAUAUGGUUCCAAAACAAACGAUCCAAGUACAAGAAGAUCAUGAAGAACGGGCCCUGUGGACCGGAGGGAGACCACCUGGCCCCGCCGCCGCCCUCCUCCUCCUCCCCCUGCUCCCUGUGGGACAUCAGCAUGGCAGCCAAAGGCGCGCCGGUGCACUCUGGAGGAUACAUGAACAAUUUUGCUCACUGGUACCCGGGACACCAGCAGGACUCCAUGCCCAGGACUCAGAUGAUGUGACAGGCAGGAGGACGCAGCCCCUCCAGGACUUACCGUGGAUUUAUAGCAGCGAGCGAGCGGAGCGGCGCUGUGAGGGACGCCGACGCCGUUCAGCUCUGGAGGGAGAAAUAAGAAAACUGGCAGAGCUGAAACGCAGCGAACAGACGCUGAGGCUGAACUGGAGACGCUGCGGCCCGAGCGCUGAACGGAGCCGGGUCGCUUAAAAAACUGAUUUGUAAGAGGAGGAAAGUGUUAAUUUUUCUGCCAAAAAUAAUGCAGCCAGCCGAGUUAUUUCUGCCUCCAGAGAAGCUCGACCUGCCGAGACUUUUUUUUUCAUUAAGCUACGAAACUCAUCCGUCCCUGCGUCUCUGAUUCUGGACUUUUCAGGGGUUUUUCUGUCUUUUCAGUCUGCAGGAGGACAUGUUGGCGCUGUACGUUUCUGCAAACUGUGAAUACCGCACAUUUAGAUUUUCUCACGUAUCAUGUCAACGUUUCGAAAGCGUCCUCGUUUGUGAGCCGACUGUCAUCAGGAGGUUGAGGAGAGACGUCUGCCGGCUAGUUUCCGUCAACCCUCAAAUUGCAUGAACUAAAUUGCGAAUAUAAAAUACUCCUGAUGGAAACACGUCAUAAAAAUAGUUUACGCUCAUAUGAGGAGGUAUUUCAGGUGGUAUUUCAAAUACACUCUGGAACCGGGUUCCAAAAGUUUAUGUUUUCAGGUCCCCGAAACGCCGUCGUCAUGUGAACAAAACAAAACCAUAAAACCUAAAGUUUAGGGUUUUGUGCAAGAAACACGAGACUGAAGCCUCCUGAAGCAGAUCAGUGUUCAAAGGAACCAGUCGCUUGUUUUUUAGCAGGAAGUCGCUGCAUUUUCUGCCACGUCAGUCCCAAAAAAAAAAACAUUGUUUUUAUGUCUGUGGCUGGAGGCCGCCUGCCCAUUCUUGGGUUUUGGCACAAACAUCCACUGGUGGUCAAAUGUCAAGGUAACAGUGACCUCACAUUUUUUUCUAUGCCGAAACGCCGGCGAGCGCAGAGGACAGAGGCAGAUGUUUUCGGGUUGUCCGUCUGUUCGUGCGGAUCGUGAACAUGUUAUCUCAAGGACGCCUUGAGAGAAUUCCUUCCAAUUUGGCACAAACGUUCAAGUGGACUCAAGAAUGAACUGAUUAGAUUUUGGCGGUCAAAGGUGA